AAAAACAUUAUCAUCAUCAAAUAUAUCGGCAUCAAUUGAAAUUAAUGAUUAUGUUGAUGAUCAAAAUGUUGUGAUUGAUACGAAUUUACAAAUUUCAUCAUCACCAACGCCUACAUCAAAUAUUAAUAAACAUUCAUAUGAUAGAUCCAGAUCAUCAUUACAAAUACCCACUACAUUUAGUCCAACAUUGAAAUCAGCAACGGAUAAACAACAACAACAGCAGCAACAACAACAACAACGAAAACAAACAACAAGCCUUCCUAUACUUGAAAAUCAUCAUCAUUAUCAAAAUAUCGGUUACAGUGGUAAUGGUUAUGGUCAACAUUUAUCACCAUCAUCGAUCGAUUCACAAUCAUUUCAAUAUCGACAACAAUCAAACGAUGAUCAUCAUCGGAAUAAUAAAUCACCAAAUAAAUGGACAACAGAUUUAUCAUCAUCAUCAUCAUCACUAGUAUCAUCGCCAACAAAAAAAUCAUCACCAUCGACAACAUUUUUUCAUUCAUCAAUGAAUCGUAUGAUAAAUGUUAAAGAAAUAAUUAGACAAGGAAAUUUAAGUGAACUUGAAGAAUUAGUAUUACAAGGUUAUGGUGAUAAAUUAUUGGGUGAACACGCCAUUUCUGCACCAUUAGUUCAAGAAUUUCUUGAUAAUUUACCCAACUAUUUGGAUCAAAUUGAUCAAUUACAUAAAGCUGCUACACGUGGUAAUGUUAGAGAAUUUCAAUUAUUAUUGGAUCGUUAUUCAUUAAUCUGUUCACGUGAUCAAUUGGGUGCAACACCAUUACAUAAGGCCGUAUUAUAUGGCCAUUUUGAUUUAGCUAAAUUUAUUGUAUUAAAUUUUGGUCCAAAUAUACUUUAUCUUGGAGAUAAUGAAAAACGCACACCAUUACAUUAUGCAGCCGGUUUAACAGCUGAUAAUGAUGAUGAUCAUUCUAUUUAUUAUAUGUUAUUAAAAUAUGGACCAAAAUCAUCAAUAAUACUUGAUCAGAAAAAUCGUACAGCCGAUUUUUAUCUACGUUCACCUGAACAAAUCAACAUACCCCUGAUACGUAAACGUUCUAAACGUUUAAAUGCUAAUCAUACAAUUAAUUUGGCUAAUAAGAUUAAGUUACUGAAAUCAUCAUUAUCGCCAACACCAUUAUUAUCAUUACCAUCAUCAUCAUCAUCAUCAUUGAAACGAAAAGAACGAAGUUUAUCACCUAAUUGGAAUCGUUAUCAAUCGAUAAACAUUGACAAUAAUAACGAAAAUUUUGACAACAACAACGUUGACGUCGACAACGACGAUCAAAUUAUUAUGAAUGAUAUGGAUGAUACAACAAAAACAGUAGUGGCCGCCAGUGGUGAAACCAAUGGCCAUCAAAUGGCUACUAACAGUGGCCUUAUCAAUAAUAAGCAACAGCAGCAGCAACAACAACAUUCAAAUGGGAUCAAUAAUAAUAAUAAUGACAAUCAUCGCCAAACACAAAAAAUGGAAAUCAAUUCAGCUAAUUUAAAAAAAUGGAUUGAAGAAAAUAAUAUACAAAUGUUGGAAGGUGUUGUAUUGGAAGGACAUGGUGAACGUUUACGGCAAAAAGCAUCGACAUUAUUAUUAACGAAACAAAAAUCCAAUGAUGAUUUGUUUAUGACCAAGAAUUAUAUUGAAGAAACAGUACCGAUUAUAAUGAAUAAAAUACAAAACAUACAUCAAGCUGUUUCAAUGGGCGAUCUAACCGUUUUACAAGAAGGUAUUAAAAAGAAACGUGAUUAUAUCCUGUCGAAAGAUCAUUUAGGCAUGACACCAUUGCAUAAAGCAACCAUUAUGGGUCAUUUAGAAAUGGUACAAUAUAUAUUGGAUAAAUUUCCUGAAACAGUGAAUGCAAAAGAUCGUGAAGGACGUACAGCAUUACAUUAUUCAACAGCGACAACAAAUCGUAAUGGAAAUAAAAUUUAUAAAAUGUUGAUCAAAGCUGGUGCUGAUUCACGUGUCAGAGAUUCGCAAGGAAAAACACCCGAUUAUUAUCGUGUACAUUUUCUAUCCAUUCCGAAUGAAACAUUACGACCAACUGGUAAGAAUAAUAUCGGUGUAAACAAAUUAACGGCAAAUUCUUCAUCAACAUCCAAUCUACAUUAUCAUUCAAAAUUUUAUGGAGAAACAAAAUCACAACAACAACAACAACGUAGACAUAUUAUACAGCCUGCAAUACGUGAAAAGAUCAAUAAUGCAUUACAUUCGGGUAAUGUUAAUCAAUUGGAAGAAUUAUUAUUGGAUGGUUAUGGUGGUGAAUUGAUUGGACGAACAUCGUUCGAUGAAGAUGCAAGAAAAUUUCUUAAAUCUAUACCACAAUCAAUGGAACGUAUUCAUGAACUACAUUCAUCCAUUAUAAAUGGUGAAAUUGAAAUGGCAAUGGAAAUUCUAACGAAAAAUCCACAAUUUGCCCGUACUAGAGAUCAAAAUUCAUUCACACCAUUUCAUUUGGCCGUUAUUAAUGGCCAUGUAGAUUUAAUCGGUCAUUUGGCUGAAAAUUUUCCCACCAUGAUCAAUACAAAGGAUAACUUUAUGGAACAACAGCAGCAAUUACACACUUGAUGUUUCUAUGGUGACCUGGUUUUCUUUUCCUUGCUGUGUAGUAAUAAGAAAAGAUAUGAUAUACACUUGAUUUUAUUCUGUGUUUCGUUUCAUUUCGUUUCGUUUCAAUCAAUCA